CAGCCCCGGCUAUCUGUCACCGGCUGCGACCGGCGCGGCGGGGACAGACGCGGGGUGACCCGGCGCCAAGAGCCGCCCGCCGCAGGAGCAUUUCAGCUGAGAUUGAACUCCUCUUUGGUUGUCCAUAAGCUGUGAAAGCGAAGGAUGCAGAAGACUAUCCCAUGCCUUUUUGUACAUAAAUGAUAAGAGCACAAGAUUAUUACAAGUUUGCUGCAAAGAUGAGUUCAGAAGAAAAGAGUAUAUCUCCAGCACACAAAACAUCCACUCCAUCACAUAGAAGUGCCUCCUCUUCAUCAUCGUCUCAGAGGGACAGGAGGCAGAGUGUUCAUAUUUUGGAGCGGAAGGCUUCUUCAGGAAGCACAGACCCUUCUUUAAGCAAGCAGUUCCUUGAAAGUGAUCCUAUCUCUCUAUCCAAGGAACCUGACAGCUGGGAAAUCAUAGAGGGUCUGAAAAUAGGCCAGACCAAUGUCCAGAAGCCAGACAAACAUGAAGGUUUCAUGCUGAAGAAGAGAAAAUGGCCUUUAAAAGGUUGGCACAAGAGGUUUUUUGUCUUGGAUAAUGGAAUGUUGAAAUAUUCAAAGUCACCAAUUGAUAUACAGAAGGGAAAAGUCCAUGGCAGCAUUGAUGUUGGUUUAUCAGUUAUGUCUAUAAAAAAGAAGGCUCGUAGAAUAGAUCUUGACACAGAAGAACACAUCUACCAUCUAAAGGUGAAGUCCCAGGAUUCAUUUGAUGCAUGGGUUUCAAAAUUACGCCACCACCGGUUGUACCGUCAGAAUGAGAUUGUGAGAUCUCCAAGAGAUGCUAGCUUUCAUAUAUUCCCUUCAGCCUCUACUACAGAGUCUUCACCAGCUGCUAAUGCAUCCGAUGGAAAGGUGCAACAAAAUAGCUUCCCCUGGCAGUCUCCUGUACCUUGCAGUAGCAGCCUUCCUGUUACCUGCACUACUGGACAGAGUAAAGUAGCUGCCUGGUUGCAGGACUCUGAAGAGAUGGACAGAUGUGCAGAAGAUCUUGCUCAUUGUCAGUCAAGCCUCGUGGAACUCAGUAAACUUCUUCAAAAUUUAGAAAUACUACAGAGAACUCAGUCAGCACCAAAUUUCACAGACAUGCAGGCUAACUGUGUAGAUAUUUCAAAGAAAGACAAGCGGGUCACGAGACGAUGGAGAACAAAAAGUGUCAGCAAAGAUGCAAAAAUUCAACUUCAGGAAGGGCCGGCACCGAAGGGGCAGUUCAGCACAACACGACGCCGGCAGAGACUAGCAGCUGCAGUGGCUACAACAGUCCCUUUUAGUGCUACAAUGUCACCUGUUCGACUGCAUUCAUCCAAUCCCAACCUUUGUGCAGACAUUGAGUUUCAGACUCCCCCAAGCCAUGUAACAGACCCCCUGGAGUGCUCUACCGAGUACCUGAAGCUUCAAGAAGAAUUCUGCCUGAUGGCACAAAAAGUGCAUUCUCUUUUGAAGUCUGCCUUUAACAGCAUAGCUAUAGAGAAGGAGAAACUUAAGCAGAUUGUUUCAGAGCAGGAUCUUACAAGCCACAAUGCUCAAGUAGCAUGCCUCAGACAGUCCCUCCAACAGGCUCUCAACCAGAAUGCUGAACUAAGGAGUCGCUUGAACAGAAUACAUUCAGAAUCUGUUAUUUGUGAUCAGGUUGUCAGUGUAAAUAUUAUCCCUAGUCCUGAUGAGACAGGUGAACAAAUUCAUGUCAGUCUGCCACUGUCUCAGCAAGUUUCUAAUGAGAGCAGGCUCUCUAUGUCUGAAUCCGUUUCAGAGUUCUUUGAUGCACAGGAAGUGCUUCUAUCUGCCAGUUCAUCAGAAAAUGAGGCUUCUGAUGAUGAAUCUUAUAUCAGUGAUGUGAGUGAUAAUAUAUCUGAGGACAACACCAGUGUUGCAGACAACGUUUCUCGGCAAAUUCUUAAUGGUGAGCUAACAGGAGGCGCAUUCAGGAAUGGACGGAGAACUUGUCUCCCAGCUCCCAGCCCUGACACCAGUAACAUCAACCUCUGGAAUAUUUUGAGAAAUAACAUUGGCAAAGAUCUUUCCAAAGUAUCAAUGCCAGUUGAGCUAAAUGAACCCUUGAAUACUUUACAACAUCUUUGUGAAGAGCUGGAAUACAGUGAGCUCUUGGACAAGGCUUCUGAAACAGAUGAUCCUUAUGAACGCAUGGUUCUCAUAGCUGCUUUUGCAGCAUCAGGCUAUGCCUCUACAUACUUUAGAGCAGGAAGCAAGCCAUUUAACCCAGUGCUUGGUGAAACUUAUGAAUGUAUUAGAGAAGACAAAGGAUUUCGAUUUUUCUCAGAGCAGGUUAGCCACCAUCCUCCCAUUUCGGCCUGUCACUGUGAAUCGAAGAACUUUGUGUUUUGGCAAGAUAUCAGGUGGAAAAACAAAUUCUGGGGAAAAUCAAUGGAAAUUCUGCCGGUUGGAACCUUGAAUGUGACUCUUCCAAAGUAUGGAGACUACUAUGUCUGGAACAAAGUCACUACUUGCAUACAUAAUAUUCUUAGUGGAAGGAGGUGGAUAGAACAUUAUGGAGAGAUAACAAUCAGAAACACAAAAAGCAGUGUUUGUAUUUGUAAACUCACAUUUGUCAAGGUGAACUACUGGAAUUCAAAUGUAAAUGAGGUCCAGGGUGUUGUGAUAGAUCAAGAAGGGAAGGUGGUUCAUCGUCUUUUUGGAAAGUGGCAUGAAGGCCUUUAUUGUGGAGUUGCACCUUCAGCCAAAUGCAUAUGGAGGCCAGGCUCCAUGCCAACCAAUUACGAACGUUAUUAUGGCUUCACAAGGUUUGCUGUUGAGCUCAAUGAAUUAGAUCCUUUACUGAAAGAUCUUCUUCCUGCAACAGAUGCACGUUUCAGGCCAGAUCAAAGGCUUCUGGAGGAAGGAAAUAUAGAAGCGGCAGCAUCUGAGAAGCAAAGAAUAGAGGAACUCCAGAGAGGUCGGAGGAGAUACAUGGAAGAAAAUGGCAUUGAAUACGUGCCCAAAUUUUUUAAAAAAGUUAUCGACGCUAAUCAAAGAGAAGCCUGGGUUACCAAUGACACCUACUGGGAACUGCGAAAGGAUCCUGGCUUUAGUAAAGUAGAUAUUCCCGUACUCUGGUAAACUGAGAAUGUAGAUCUAGUAAACAUAUCACUCUGAAGAAAAAAAUAACUAUGCACAAUAUGUUUCUUAAAGCUAAGUGUGGUUUGUGGGUCUACGGAAAAACCUAUCAUUUGCAUUUAUAUUCAUCUUUACAAUGGACUUUUGAAAGUGCAUUAGACCAGGCCCCUGACCACUUCUGAAUCUUUUCAAUUUUGCAGCAGCCAUGAAAAAAAAAAAGGGAAAAAUAAAAUAAAUAAAAGAAAAGAAAAAAGAAAGAAAAAAAAAAAACAGAAAACUUUUAAAGUUUCAUACACUGAAAAUUCAGAAGAGAAGAAGCGGAUGAAUUAUCCAAAGUCACUCCGAAAGAGGCGGUAAAUGCAAAACUGCAACCGGUGCUUUAAACAGACAUUAAGAGUAAUGUAAUUUAAAUUGAAAAAAAAAAAAAAAAAAGAGGGGAGAAGAAAAAGAAAAAAAAAACAUUUUGUUUCAGCUAUUUUUGUUAAAAACUCUUGGAUCACAACACUGUCAUUUCUGACUUGAGGUUAGUCCUUUGGUGUGAUGUGCUUGGACUGGCCUUUGUCAAAAAGAUAUGCUUUUCUGGAAGCUGUUCCUAUUCAUUUGCCAUUGUUCAUGCCUUAAUCAAAAGAUGAAGAUAUACAGUGAGUAGUUUUAAAAUGCGUAUGCUUAGGUUUGUGUGGAGGACAGAUUUUUAAAGCACUAGAAUUUUAUCAUGAUACAAAUACUGGAGAACCUGCAUUAUUUAAAAUCAAAACACAACCAAACUAACUAUUUCAGAGGAAUGAGAUCAUCUGUACGUGCUGUAGCUUUGGGAAGCCAACUGUAUAAUCAGGCUGCAAAGAAGCUCCUAACUGGUUGAAUUUGAGAUGAUUUUGCUAAAUGCAUAUGAAUUGCUAGUCAGAAACUUCAUAUUUUAAAUGACUGAUGCUGAGAUGCAAUCAUCACUUUUGCCACUGGCUAGUCGUAGUCUCACAGUGAAUCUCGUUUCCCCGUAACUGUUUAUACAGCUAGAAACUUUUGCAGCAGCCUUAAAAGCAGAAAGAUUUCAUGGGAAGGUCUUUGGCUUCUCUCCAGAAGCUGGAUAGUACUGUAAAUGCAAGUAUUUUCUGCCACACACACUGUUUACUUAACUGACUGUUUUUAUCCCAUCCACUUUCCUUAUCUAGCUUUAUAUUUAAGAGUAUGGCAGAGGCUACCAUGCAUUGUAGCUAACAACUACUACUUGUGUUGCAAAAAUAGCUUUUGUGCAAAAUUAUAUUUUACAGUUUUUCAUAAAAUGAUUCUAUAUUUUUUGAUUAAGAAGCAGGUUUCUUAUGUGUAGCUAAGCCUCAGUUAAUAGAUGUGGGAGAAGGCUGGAUAUGUUCUGAAAAUCUCUGAAACAUUUAACAGUAGGAGGGCAGAUUUUGAUAAAAGGAAAAAAAAGUCAUCUUAUUAGGUAAAAACUGCAUUCAUAUGGUAUAAUCUAGUCUUCCAUUUAUGCUUGUAUUAUACAUCCAGGCACAGAUGAUAGGUUAGAGUUCAUGUGUAUACUCUGUGUUUCUUUCUAUGCAUAUCCAGCAUACAUAGUGCACUAGAUUUUUUUCUAUUUAAGAUUGAUUCCAAUACUGAGACCUAAAAAAACCUAUUAGAUAGGUAUGUGGUCCUGCCAGAAGUGCUGCUUGAAUGGUAGGUUAUCAGUCAAUUACCCCACAUAUCCAGCUCCUCACCUGGUUCUUCCUUUUGCAGAGACAAGUACCUACAGAAACGAGAUUACUUUGAUUAUUUAAUAUGCAUUUAGUUCAUAUGGCAAAGCAACUGGCAGAGCAGCAAGCUGCUAAUGAAUUCCAGUUUCUUCACACAGUUCUGUUAUCAGGAAGAACUAUGAAAAUGUAAGGAAAAUACUAUGUAGAGUUUUUUAAGAAUUAUGAAUGCUCAUGAAUUGCUUAUGAGUAUUUGGGGUAAAAAAUGUGUCCAGAUUAAGAGGAUUUCUUCCAAAGAAAAUUUUUAAUUAUUUGAAGAAUGAUACCUUUUUCUUCCCUAGUGGAACCUGGUCUGAUAAUUUAUUUUUUUUUAGUUCUGCAAUUGUAAGAAAAUGAAAAUGUAUCAAAGUUUCUUUUUUUAAAACUUAUUUGGUUGACUUCAUCCUACUUGCUAUAAUGUCCCUAUGGAUCAAAUUGGCAUAUUGUAUGCAAAAUAUCAAUUAAUUAUUCUCUGUCACUUCCCUUAAAAACAACAUUAUUAAACAUUUUUCCACCUUAGACUCCAGUCUUUGUGUGCAGUUCCCCAUGAUAUCAGAAAGCAUUAUGUGUGUAUGACUGCAAGUACAUCUGAGAACCGAAACUGCAUGUCCUAAUUUUUUCUUGAAAUUUGGCUUUAAAUUUAAACACAGAAAUAAGGUUUUUCAUUUCAGUGUUCUGCUAGUGCUUUUUGAAUGCAAACUGAGACUUGGUGAACACUAAAGAUAAUAUCACUGAUUAUUUUUUUUACAACAGUUUAUUUGACACUCGUUGAAAUAAAAAUGACAUUAAAAUGUUUAGAAUUAAAAUAAAUCUGUGAUAUGCUAAAUAGUAAGUAGAGGAAACAAAGCAAUAUGUCACAGAAUAUCUGCAGUCUUUAUCAGAAAUGCAUACUGCUAACAGAUGUACCAUAAAUCAGUUUCUUAUAGUGUAGAAUUCUCUGGAUUCUGUGAAAAAUCUUUUACUAAGUUUUUCCUGUAACCUUGGGGGAUAUCAUGAUGUUUUUUGUGUUGUUUCUAAAGAUAAUAGGUUAAUGGAGGAUAGAAUAAUUUUUAGAUAACCUGUGAAAUUUCAUCAGCACUGAGUCAUGGGAUAUAGUGGGCGUUCCACAUCCCUUGCCAGUGUAGCUCAGAAUGGGGUUUCCCAUGUUGCAGUGAGAAUGCACUGUUGGCUUCUUUGCAGCCUGGCACCCAAUGUAAGUGCCUGCUGCAUUUGAGCGGGGCUGCUACUUGGCCAUCCCUUUCCAGCACAUGGGUUUUUUCCACCUCAGAUGUAACUUUUCACUUCUUGUUGAACAUCAUGAAGUGUCUUCUGGCCAAGUCCUCAAGCCAAGUGACAUCCUUCUGAUUGCAGAUGUGCCAUCUCAUCCUCUUAAUUUAAUGUCAAGCUUGUUAGCAUGUAGUCUGUGUACUUGCCCAGGUCACUGAUGAGAUGUUGGUUGACACGGGCCACAAAAUUGGCCCCUUGCAGGGCUGUCCUCAUUGCUGGCUACCAGUGGAGUGUAAGGCAUUGGUCAAUGCCUGUCAAGCCUGGGGAUUUGGAAAGUUUUCAGCUCAUCUCGCUCCAUUUGUACAGGCAGUAUUUCCUUUUGAAAGGCAUUAGUGAAAUCAGUGCAAACCAUAUUACCUUUAAAACCUUUUAAAGUAGUUAAGGAGUUUUAACUUUUACUACAAAAACAUACCCUUUGCUUUUUCCUGUGUUUUCUCAAAACACUUAUUUCCAUAUAAAAUACACAACUCCUGUGCUUUAGUUUCACAAUAGUGAACUGUGCUCUCAACUAAUAUUUUAAAAGUGUAGCUUAAUUUGUUCUCUGUUCUGGUAUUGCGGAUAUGAUAGAGUAAUAAUAGCUAUUUUCAUCAAAUGUAAUUUCUUAAGAAGACUUAACUAGCUUUAUUCUUACUUUAGUUCUGUAUUAACCAGACGGUAGAUUUUUCAGAGUAUUAGAAAUUAAUAUCUCACCGGGAGAUGCUAUUUGAAUACAAGUUGAUUUUCGUACAGUAUCCCUGUGAUUAAAACGCUAUCUAGACACUCAUUCUAAUUUUAGACAGCUGUAAUUUGCAUGAAAUACUUUUUUGCAUUUGGCUUUAAAAGUGAACUCCCACAAUAAUACUCUUUUCAUCUUACAAAUAAUGUUACCUUAUUUUUCCUCAUUUUGAACUCCUGUGUCAAGUAUUGCAAUAGCUAUACAUGACACAGUUUUGAAAGGGACUGCCCUUAAUUCCCCAAUCUGAACGCUGUCAGAGCUUUAUGAAAACAAAUUACACAAACCCUAAGGAGUGCUAGGAGCCAGCAAUGGUCUUGCCCUCAUGGGUGCCUGGUGGGGACCUUGCAUCUGGGCCGUUACCCUCUCUUUCCUAUGGAGGUAACGUGGGAUUUUCUUACCCUUGAAUCUGGGAGAGUGGAGCCCAGUGCAAUGCAGUCUUGCUCAUAGAGUUUCUCUCAAAAAAUCUGAAUUUUUAGGGAUACCCUGAAAGAGAGAGGAGGUUCAUUUGCACUUGCACAAUAACCAAGGAGGCUGAACAUGCCAGUUCUCUGAGUUUUGCAAAACUUUUGCUUUCACUAGCAAAGCUCUGUUAGUAUAGGCAAGAUUUGUGGGGUCUCCUUGUUUUAUAGAAUUUUGGCUAUUGUCUGGUGCAGAGAUAAAUAUUAGCAAUUUAACAUGCCUCUGUCUGCAGUCAUAAUCUGAGCAAUUAACUCUAUUUUAGUUGUCAUUACUGUUACUGGAGGUGAAUAAUGAAUGUAAAGGAGAAUUUUCAAAUUAAAUCGAGGUUAUUUUUAUUCAUAUGCUAGAAUGACAAGAGGAAUUAAGUUAGAGAGUUUGGCCCAGCUGGGGAAAAAGUUUUAAUAUUGACAGAAGUGUGUAAGAAACACUGAACUGGCCUCAUGGGUCACCCUGUAUUAUGCAUAGGUCUGGGAGAAGGCUAACGAAGUUUACUAUGUCAUAACCUCUUACCUUGGCAGCUGCUAGGGCUGAAGAUACUGUCUUGGGUUUUCUUCUUGUCUAGAGAGUAUAAUGUAGAACUGUGAAACUAGUCACAGGUGUAACAAAGUAAAAAUAUUUUCUAACUUUUAUGAAUUAAAAUGUCAGCACAGCUGCUGAAUAUGUUUCAGAAGGUUUUCUUACCAUUUUUCUUCUGAUCUGGGACAGCAUGAAAAAAGGGAAAACUGGUGACAUUUGCUCAAAAUUUAUUCUGAAGGUGAAGGAAAUUUUUAUUCUUUUUAUAAAUAAAAAUGAAUGUAGCCAGCAUUUGGCUGAAGGUGUAUUGGUAAUGUGGACAAAGAAAAUGACAUAUUUUAUAAAUAAGGAAACCAUAAAGUUGGGAUAUACAAUCAGCGGGGUGUAACAUAUUCCGUCUUCACCUAUGAAUAAUUCAUUGAAGGUGCAGUAAAGCUACUUAUUCUUACUCCUGGAGUAAUGAUCCAGAUGUUGUCCCCUAUGAAACACCAUAACUUAUUUCUGUAUUGCCUGCUACUUUUAAUGUUCUGCAUUCAUGAAAGAGGGAUCUCUUAUGCUAAUAUAUAACAUUGUUGGCCCAGAACGCUAGGGAUGCAAAAAGGUAAGAGGUGAGGAGAUUCCUUCAAAAAGUCGGAAGUGAGUGACUUAGCUUUUGCACCCUGAGCAUUAAAAUUAUGUAAGUUCUACACAAGAACAGCAUGCACAGUGAUAAACACUCAACCAGAACUAUUAUUGUUCAUUGAAGUACUUGCUCUGUGUGUCAGUUGGUAUAGCCACAUUUGCAACAUCUGUUUUUGAAAUUGUAUUACUAUUUAUGAUUGUGCUUGUGGCCUAGGUGUUGAUUUGUCAGGUCCACUGAGGAGAAUCAAUUUUAGAGUCAGGACUGCAACUCAGAUUUAUUUUCUAGUAGUCCUAUGCUGAAGCUCUCUUUCUUCCUUUGUUAAAUUCACCUGAACAAGGAAUAUUACAGUAACAUUAACAAACUUCAUAUAAGUUUAAUCUUUGGUACUUUCCAGGCAAAGGAAAAUUCAGGGUAGCUUCUUUAACUGUGUUGAAGUAAUAGAUAUGAGACCUUCAAUUAUCAUUGUAUUUGCCCCAUAUUUUGUAAAAUACUUGGAGAUUGGAUCACCAAUAAUAAAAUUAUAUAUAAAUAUAUUAAACUUUAUUUGUCACUUACCUUGAAGUCAACAAUGAAAAUUAUUGUUCCAAUUUGGGGUUAGAAAUUAGGUCUGUUUAGUUCUUGAUUCUUCAGUGACUGCAAUACAACAAAUUCAGAUAACAGUCAAUUCUAUUUUCAGGUGAGUUCUUGAAGACCUCACUAUGAGCUGAGAAAUAAAUGCUGAUGAGUCUAUUUUGGUACGUAGGCAUAAAUGCAGACAUGGCAACUUCUACCUUAGAUAAGUUUUCACUCUAAUUAGCAAAAGCCCUGGUUUUGUUGCUUUAUAAUUAUUUCUAAACUAAUUAUUUUCAAACAUUUGUUCCUCACUGUUAAGAAUUAAUUACAUGUGACAUUUGAGGUUUAGAAAUUAAACAAUGUUUGGAAAUCCACAGUCAUGAAGAGUGGUACUUCUGUCUUGCACCUAAUGCUCAAAUCUUGCUAAAUAUCCAGCUCUCAGAGCAGGGUGGACCUACACUGAUUACUCACAAAAUUUCAUCCCUGGACCAAAAAGAGACAUCAGUGGGCUUUUCUGGAUGGGGUUCUUAUUUGUAUAUCGAUUUGUGUCUUAUGUAGUAUAAAAUGAGGAAGAAAAUAAGCUGUUCUCAUCUGAUGUCUGAAAUCUUUUCCUUCACCAAAUGCAUUCUCGUUCUUUAUCUGUUACUGGUAGAUUGUCUGAAGUGGAUACUUUAUUUAGCACAUAAAAAGCCAUCAUAAAACUGAACUGCUGUGAUAUCCAGAGAGAUCAUUAUGAUUGUUCUAUAUUAGGUAUAUUUUCUUUGUUGUAACCUGUAGCAGGACUCUUCUUUGGGUCUUUAUUUACUUUCCUUUGUGUAACUAACUGGUAUAUUAUGAUUUCUUAGUAUUUAAACAGCAAAGAAUUCUGUAUUUUCUCUCAUUUUUGCAGACAAUUAAUAUGAAUUGGAAAUAAUGUCACAUUUUUCGUUGACAUUAGAUCCUAUGCGCACAUGUAUGAAAUAUAGUAAAUUUUAGUAUCUCUACCUGGCUCAGACUCUGAGAAUGUCAUUAGAAGAGUAAGGUUUACAUUAGUUGUCAAUUUUAUGUUGCCUUACUGAGCAGCUUUGCUUUUACCAGCCUUUCAUUUUAAAUGGGAAAGUGCCCUGCACCAAUUAUUUGGAAGGACAAAAUGUCAAAACCUAAAUAGUUAAAAGACUGUUCUUUGCUGAUUGCCCAUAGCCCUGUGCUCAUUCUACAAAAAACCCCAACUGAAUGUGUUGAUUUCUGCUACAUCUCUUUGUAUAGCAUACUUGUAAAAGGAAGUUCUCAGAGUCUUGUUGCUUUAGGGAAAGAAAGGAAAUAAGAAGCAUUUAUGUACCCAGUUACCCAAGUGUUGCAGAAGGUAUUAUUUCUGAGCAUUGUAGUAUUAACAUCUCACCUGCAGCACCCUUAAUUUUACGCUCAGAAGUUCACUGCGGACUUCCAUUAUGAGAUGCAGAAGAAAAGGAUACUGGAAAAAAGAAGUCAGUACUGUAAUUUCUAAAUAAUUCAAUAGAAAUUUGAUUUGCAAAUAUUUUUUUGAAAACUGUACAAGCUACUCAAAGUAUCAAAGUUUUUAAAAGCACAAGUUUAGUCCUUCAAAGUACGUUCAGUAAUUUAACAUUUUAAAAAAUAGCCUUGAUUGAUCUUGAUUGCUUUCCUGCGAAUGUAUGAAUUUGUUCUUGACUAUUCUCAAGUUUGGGUUAUCUUUCAGGAUGAUUCUUCUUUACAUCUUAUCAAUUCUGACUCCAAAUACCGGCUGUAUUCAUGCCUGUAAAAACAGUUAUAUUGCUUACAAUCAACAACAUCAACAACUGAGGAAUUACAUAGGUAGGAUAUAAUUUGUAUAGUACAAAUUAUGGACAUUUAUUUCACAUGGAAGAGUUAAUCAGCAAUGGACAUCUCAGGUUUUUUUCUGCUUCAUCUCCUUCGACUCUGAUCUUGCACAGGCAAUGGUACGUACUUAGCAUAAAUAUUGCACACAGUCACAUUGAAUUCAGUUUAAAAGAUGUAGAUACUAAAAUUCAAAUAAAAAGGUUCAACAGUGUGAUUCCUAAGAAAUCAAAACAAUAUACCUAAGUACACCAGACUUUUUAGUACCUGAUUUUUAAUUCCUAUGUGCUUAAACAAGUGAGCAGCUGCGCAGAGGAGGCUGAGCUGCUGUUCGUACUCCAUUGAGCGCAGUGAGCUUCCAGGUGAGUGGAUGAUCUAGCUCCCCAAAUCUAUUUCAGCUGCAGGCCUAACGUACAGUUAGGGCUGUCUACUCUUACUUAUGCUUGAUUUUGCACAGUGCACUGUCUUGUGGAAGAUAAAUGUAUGAAAUACGGCUGGUUUGACUGCUUGCCAGUCAGAGCAGUAUACAUGCCUUUCCUUUGAGUCUUUUGCAUUGUGAGACUUUAUUCUGGGGCUUGUAGUAUUUAAAACCAGUUAACUUCAUGUCUCCGCAAAGCUCAAUUAUGUAUGAUAUUUGAAAUUAUCCUUGAGGUCCCUUCCAACCUAGCAUUCUGUGAUUCUAAGAACAGGAGAUUAAAUCAAUUACAAUUUGUCGUAUUAUGUCUCAUUUUGUCAAGCUUAAUAGUAAGAAUAUUUGCAAUUCCUAACCCAAUUUCCCUCUACUUUCCCCAGGAUGGUGCCAGCCUAGAGUGAGGGUCACUAGUACUGUAUGCAAAUCAAAAAAGGAGACUAGUCUUUGUGAUUUGCAAAGAAGGGGGUGGCUAACUAAGGGCAUGCUCCUCAUCUCAGCCUAGAAAAGCAUGAAUGUGAGAAAGUGCCUCCCCUCUCUCCUUCUAGGCUUUACUGCAUAAAUAGAAUUGCUUUUUUUGGUAUAUCAAAUUAUCUGGCUACUUCAGAGAUUGGACCUAGCCAGGAAGGAACAGUAUAAAACUACUUUUAACUUCCCACAUAGUGCAGCUGCAACACUUAUUCUGUGUCUUUGCACUCGUGAGUUGGUUUUGAACAUACGGUUGUAGUAAUUCAGAAUGCAGAUGAGGCCUCAUGCUGACUACCUCUCAUGCAAUAAAAACCAAGCUCAUAUAGCAGUUAAUUUUAAUUACAGUUUAGCAUCUUUCGGCCACGUAAGUCAGGGAGAUGGUAGUGUGGGAAAUAGCAAGCAAAAUAAAUUAAGACUUUAUUCCAGUGGUUUACGUGGUAUACACAAUACCCAUAAGACCAACUCCAAGUGAGGGAGGUCCUACAGCUUCUGGUAGGAAGUAAAGGUGAGCUUGGCUAUGCUGUAGUUUAUGUUGUGCUCUAAAAUGUAACAAAAGAUGUCAUCUGUUUCCUUCAGGCUGAGCCAGAUUUACCAGGUUAUUGUGUCAAAAAAACACACAAUUCUAGUUUUUGAGGAAACAUGAUGCUCUUUUACCUGUUGCAAUGUAAUUGGAUAAUGCAUGUACAAAUGAUUUGUUUAGCCUGUCAAUGAAUGUUGCUAAUGCCUUACCAAAAAAAAAAAAAGCAUAUUUUUUGUAUUUUUUUCCUCAGAGGCAAAUCCAAACAAUGCUAGAUUUGGGAAACUGUUUACUGAAAAGCAUUUUCUAAUAGAUCUCUGAAGAAGUGCAAUUGUAUAAUUAUUAUUGUUCAGUGCAUACAGUACAUUGUCUCCAUCACUCUGUACACUGCUGCUAUUAGUGCUUGUUCUAAUAAAUCUCAAUGUACACUGUUUAAACUACUGUCAUCUGUGCUCUGAUUUAUUAACAUAAGGAACACUUCAGAAUGUGGUUCUUGAAUGAAGUGUUUGUAACUAUUUGAAUAAAUUGAGUAGUGAUCGUAAAAUUCUUAAUAUAUGUUGUACAGAUGGAUUUUGUAGAGGUGAGGGAUAGUGGCAGCAAUAGCACAGAAACACCAGAGUCCUCCUCCUCCUUUCUAACCUUUUUCCACUGCAAGAUUAUUUUUAUAAAACUUUUCCCAUGUGA